AUGAGUGAAGAACAUCAGGAGGUUGCUGUUAUUGAGGAAGGACCAGUUCCUGUCCUUAAAUGGGACUUAGGUCUCUUCGAACAAAUCGUUCGUAGUUUCCGAUUCCCACCGGAGUGGGAUGCCCGGUAUCCAGCUCAGGGCCAGACCGCGGCUGAUGCACCACCCGGUUACAUCACUUUAUACGAAGACUGCUUCCUUCAGGGCAAUUUCCGACUGCCGGCGACCAACUUUAUGGGCAGUAUCCUUCAUCACUACAACUUUCAUAUAUCGCAGAUGAGCCCACCCGGGAUGGUGAGGGUAAGGCACUUCGAGUUCUUGUGUCAUUCUCAUGGCAUUGAGCCAUCUGUAGAUAAGUUUCGUGCUUUCUACCAGUUGCAGAGGACAAUGGGGUUCUUUUCUUUUGCGAGCCGUGGUGCGGCGAAGAAGAUUUUACUGAACCCACCGAAGAGUUUCCAUGACUGGAAACCUAAGUUCUUCUUUAUCAGGGAAGAGGUUUUGCCGGUUGCCAUGCCUUUUAGGGACUGGACCGAGGCCAUACCGAAGGAAGAUCUUCCCAUUCCAAAAACUGCUCGGUGGUACCAGCAGCUAACCCCAACCCCAAAUCGGGUGUUUGGGGAAAAUGUGUUGGUUGCUGCUAAGAUGAGUGACCAGUGGUCACCUAGCAGCAGGGAGGUUCCGGUUUUGAAGAUCGGCGAUCAAGAAGCGCAACUCUAUCAAGCUGCCUUCUCGACAUUUGGUGGCUCCAUGGGCGUUCGCCCAUUGCGCGAUGACGAGGAAAGCUGGUAUGACCAGAUUAAAGGCAAUUUCAUGUUUCCAGCUGCUGAUGCCUUCGCUUCGCCGCCCACCGCUACUGAAGGUGCGCAAUACCCUAAACCUCGUCCUUUGCGCUCUGUGACUCUUCCUGGGAAGGAGACUCUCUAUCUUUCCAGCGAGGAGUCAGUGUGUUGCGCGACCUAG